UGUGUGAUUUUCAACGUGAGUGAAGAUGAAGACUCUGACCAUCCUGCUGCUCUCCACUCUCAUCGCCCUGUGUGCCUGCACAGGUGCGUCUGACACGACAGAUAAUAAACCUGAUUCUCCUGAUGGUGAAGGCCUGUUUGUGGAGAAGGACAAGGCAUCGACUGUGGUGAGACAGAAGAGAGCUACAGCAGCUGCAGACCUUACAGUGACUCAGCUGGAGAGCCUCCGUGAGGUCUGUGAGGCGAACCUGGCCUGUGAGGACAUGAUGGACACGUCCGGGAUCAUCGCCGCCUACACCCGAUACUACGGACCGAUCCCCUACUAGACACACACACACACACACACACACCGAUCCGACCAAUCGCCUUCAAGCAUGCUGGAGUGGGCGGGGCCACCUAGAGUGUAGCGUAGUGUGAAAUGACUCUCCGGUUUAGAGUAGACGUGUGUAGUGCUUUAUAUUGACGUGUAACUGAAAAGAAUAAAAUCUAUAACUGCAUUUGAGAAGAAAACGGACGUGUGUAAGGACGGAUCUGUUCAUAUUGUAAAACGCUGUGUGUCGUAAAUAAAGCUUGACAUGUUGACGAUG